AAAUCUCAACGUUAAUUACUGUUUAUUUAGUUUGAAAAUUUAUUUAUAAGUGUACCAAAUGGUGUAACAUGGUGUAUCAAUGUCAACAACCCAGUUUUAGAGUGUAAAUUUUUAUAAAAAAUAUUGAAUAACCCAUGUUAACAUGAAAUUUUUAACUGUUAUAGACGAUUUUAAAAAAUUGGGUUGUAAUCAACAAGCUCAUUGCGCGGUAGCAUGUCGCAUUUAUCUGGACUUAAUAUUGGAUAAAAAAUACUCUUCCGUUGAUAAAUGCUACGACAAUUCACUACAAUUGCUUUUUUUCAAAGCUGAAAAUAUUGAAAAAAAGAAAUUCAUUAUUUUACCAUCUUUAAUUGUUCAAGAAUUGGACCUGAAUAUAGUUAACAAAUUGAAGCGAAAAGAACUAAAUGAUGGCAGUUUUCUUUUAGCUUUAUGUGAUACAUCUUCAAAUAUUUUAUACUAUCGUCUUUUCGAAGAUUGAUCAUCGGAACUCUUACAAAAAGUAUGCAUAUCUUAUUAAAUUAUUUUUACCUUUUGAUAUUGAAGCAAUUUCCUGUUGUAAUAAAAACGAUAUGUGUACAACAAGCUGUUAAUUGUGUUAAAUUGUUAAAAAUAAAUAAUAUUUAUUUAUUUUUUUUAUUUUAUUUAUUAUAAUGUCAACAUUAUUUAACUUGUAAUAUUAUAAAUGUUUAAAUAAUAAUAAUCUUAAAAAAUAAUACACUUUAGUACAUUAAUGCUGAUAAGGAAAA